AUGGCUUCUGACCUACGUUUCUCGACUGUUUUCUUAUCGCAAUUUCGACCUGUUAACUCCCCUGCUAAUCGACCCAAGUGGAAUGCUGUGAGUAAAACACGAAGUGUUAAUUUAAUUUAUAAUCCAAAAAUAUCCAACUCCAAUUCGUUUCGAAGAGGUUGGGAUCACGAACUUCGCCGAAAACGAGUUCAUAGAUUACCACCACUGAAACGAAAAAGAGAUCUUGGUAAGUCAACACAAUUGUCCAUUGAAGGUCCACAAUCAAACCAUCAAUUGGCCAUUGAAUAUAAUGAUGAUCAAUCGUUGGCCACAGAACAUAUGGCAAAUAUCGAUUAUGCUGCAAUCACAUCAGGUCGAUCGAGUAAAGCACUUGUUCCAUUGCAGCAUGUUCCUAAUCUUGAACUAUCCAAUGAAACACCACGAUCUCAACGGCCAAUACAACAGGAAUGGUAUGAUGAAGCGAGCAAAUCUCGUUUGACUCAUAGAACUGAUAUGGGGCGAAUCACACAUAAUUCAUUUCGAGAUUCAGUUGUUUCUGUUCAUCAAACAAAUACGCCGCGAGAACUGCAAACAUUUCGUUCGUCAACACGGAAUAGUCAAAAUAGCGUAAUGAGCGGCACAUUACUUGAUUCAUCUAUUAGAACUAAUCGAGCAACCGAACUUCGUCUGUCAAGAGACAUGGAUGAACAUCAUCAACAUUCGCACGAUCCAAGCCAAUCAAUGCCGAUUGAAAUUCGAGGUUUUCAAUUGCAGGGUUCCCAAUUAACUGUGCCUGAUAAUGCAACUAUUCGUCCCUUAUCAAACAUAAGUUAUCGAGCAAGUGAACGAGUAAAACAUCGUCGUGUCUAUCCAUGGAGUACUUUACAUCCAAAUGGAACACCAAGUCGAAAUAGUUCACUGUUGCCUAUUGCUGAAUAUCGACAUACAUCAUUUCAAACGUCUAUUGUAGAAACGCCACCAUUGAUUCAAGAAGAAUAA